AUGGAACAUAUUGAAGGCUAUAUAGGAUUAUGUGUUUGCUUCCUUGGCUUACCGGCUUCAGGAAAAACGUUUUCUGCUGGUAAACUUUCACGCUAUUUCAGUUGGAUGUCUGUGAAGACGGAGGUUUACAGUUCGGAAAAGUAUUUAGAAACUGAGUACGAGAGCUCGGACUUAGUCCCUCCAAGACAUACGCUAAAUCAAGUGGAUUUAAUUUUUAAUGAUUUGGAAACAUUUUACAAGGAGGAUGGACAUGUGACGAUUCUGGACUUUAAUGAAUGCCAUAAGGAGCUUCGCCAAAACAUUGUCAAUGCUGCUGAAAAGCGGAAGAUUUUGGUUAUGUUUGUUGAAAUAGUAUGUACAGACCACAAGUUUAUAGAGGAGAAUAUCACCGAUAUUUGCACGAAUUCCCCUUCCUACAAACAUAUACCUCUCGAAUCUGCAAAGAAAAAGCUACGGGAAGUAAUCAAAUCUUACCGACAGGAUUACGCUCCUCUUACGGAAGCAGAAGAUUGUACAUUUGUCAGAAUCAUUGACUUUGGCAAUGAAGUUAUAAUUCACAACAUUGAGAAUUACUGGCAGUCAAGGAUUGUUUAUUAUUUAUCUAAUCUUCGUACCAAACGUCGAAGCAUUUGGUUGAGUAGACAUGGCGAGAGUGAAUUCAACGUUCAAGGUCGAAUAGGCGGUAAUUCGGGGCUAAGCUCCCAGGGUGAGAAGUACGCUUCUUUACUUCCCGAGUACGUUUCCAAGUUUGUUGUUGGGUCAAAGGGUUUAACUGUAUGGACGUCUUCCAUGAAGCGCACAAUUCAAACCGCCAGCCAUCUGGACUACCAAAAGCUGGAAUGGAAGGCUUUGGAUGAGCUAGAUGCUGGUAUUUUUGAUGGCUUUACCUACGACUAUAUUGAAGAGAAGUACCCUCAUGAAGCUCAAAAGCGAAGUUACGACAAGUUUCACUACCGCUAUCGUGGUGGAGAGUCUUAUAUGGAUGUCGUUCGAAGGCUGGAACCGAUCAUUAUGGAAUUAGAGCGACAAGGAGACGUUUUCAUCAUUUGUCAUCAAGCUAUCCUUCGUUGCAUUUAUGGUUAUUAUCACAAUUUCUCUUUGGAAGAAUUACCUUUUUUGAACGUUCCCUUACACACGAUCCUGAAGCUUACGCCCACUACAUUUGAGACUUUGGAAGAAAGAUUAUCUAUACCAGUCUCCGCUGUUUCCACACAACGUGGAAAAUAA